UGCUACGAGAAUGACGUAUUAUGCGGUUCAACUACACGUUGACAAUCUACAAGUAGUAGACGUCUGCAACAAAAGUGAGAAAUCCCCUUUCGCAAAACAGGACAGAAAAUAUCAUGUUUCCUGCAAAGUUUCUGCAUUAUUGUCCGAUGCAAGAAUUUCUGUAAAUGAGCCAACGGUCGUCCAGCCGUAACCUAGGACGUCUGGACAAAAGAGGUCAAGGUUCCAGCGGCUCUGACAACAAAACAGCAGGGAGGUCCGACCGUGGUUCGAGCGCGGUCGACGGCUCCCAAAAUGGCCGUCCGCCCGCUCGUACUCGCAGGCGGGAUUAUGAGGAUGGACGACCCGGGAAGCACUCACAAAAAACCGAUGGCAAACAGACCAACUCAAAGAGUAACUCUGGCAGGAGGCUAUUUUCCGACAACUCACAGCUUUCAAGUUUGGUCAGCAGGGCACUGCAUGAUGAUGACCGAGACCGACGGAUCACUGCGCUGAGGAACCUCAAAGAAUACAUACUGAGAAACGAUCAUGCUAAGGAGGUGCAAAGACAAGCAGACAACCUUUUACUGGUUCUUUAUGAUGCCAUCAACGAAAGGAUCAACAACGACAUCCGCUUGGAGAUUGUAUUCUGCAUUGCUUCAGUGGGCACUCAAAUGGGACUAGACCUAAGAAGGUUUUUUCAAUGGCUCUGUGGUAAGAUUCAAGCUGCAUCAUCUGAUGAGAUCAAAUCCCUUCUCUUGUUGGCGAUAGUACAGGUUUUGAAGAACGACGAGAAACAGCAAUGCAAGAACCUCAUACCAUUCAUCAUGACCAACAUACAGACAACACUAGAGAAUGCAGAUACCCCAGAGCUGUUGGUUUCAUCCGUGAAUGCCAUUCAUUAUAUAUGCCAGCGCAAUCCAGGUUCAUUCAACGAUCACUUCAAGGACACAGUAGAUAUUCUGGUUGGUUGGUACAUCGACACAUCACAGAAGCCUGCUCUCAUCAAAUACUGCUCCGAUACCCUGAUUAGUUUCCACAGCUACUGGCUGGCUGAUAUCAACUUCUCCGUCACCCUACUCGGACAAUUCCUUGAAGACAUGGAAGCUUACUCAGAGGACCUGAGCCACUGCUGUAGUGGGGCAUCGGGGGCUUCUGGUGACGGCAACAAGGCGGACAGUGAGGAGCCACAGACGCCUGAGGUCUGCAGAAGUAAGAUCCUCGCACUCAUCAAUGUCUUUGCCACGGUUGUAAAGUGUCUUGGGGACGGUUUCAGCCCCAGGCCUGGCUCACCAAUCACGACUGGUUAUCUCUCCGAGGUUUUCAAAGGCAUCACCAAGUGCGUCCACACAGUCCAGAAAGAGAGCCGUGGCGACGGCACCGAUGAGACCAUCAUCCUAGCAGCUAAUGAGUGCCUGUCGGUGCUGUGUGACAGCAUCCGUUCCUCCCUGGUCCAAUGCCAGCAUGAGAUGGUCACGUUUGCCCUAGCUCAGCUUGACAUAGCCCUGCAGGUGGACUUCCCCCGUACCCCAGUCGUCCUGUCCCCUCUCUGCUUGCUGUACAGGGUGUUGAAGUACCAGAACACUGGCUUGCCCUCAGACACGGCAGAGAAGCUCUUCGGACCAGGGUCAAAGUUCAAGAAACUACGCUUCCAUAACAACCAAGAGGUAUUAGCCCUGCUACUGAAAGUGUACCAGAAGCUUUUGUGCAUCAAAGACGUUCCCAUGCUGGAAGCCAUUUACAGUCUUCUCCUCGCUGAUCUAGAGAUUGCCUACCAAACCCUCCUGGCCUUCACCGGCUCAGACACCCAGUUCCAACUCGUCCCAGACAACCCCAUCAAGGGGGACCAGCAGCCCCCCACGGUGCAGGAGGCUGAGGUCAUGGUGGUCUUUGACCUGAGCACACUGUCUGAAAUAGGAAGCACCAAGAGCUCUAUCAUUGUGAUGUGGGCUUUGUCACCCAGCCUGUUUGAGCUUCUCACCAAGCACCUGAGCGCCGCUCACUGGCUGAUCGCUGAGUGCUUCCCAGCUACUCACUACGCUCUGCUCAACACGCUGUGUGCUCACAGUGAGAGCAAUGCACAUUUCAUCUCCAGCAGCUUCGGUCUAUCCUCCACCAACCUCGGCUCAGGCUCAUCUAAGACAAGCAGCUACUUCCGUACCAUCCUGAACCUACUCGGCACCGUGCUGCCCCAUCCGGCUGUGGCCAACGAUAGCAGACGCCUAUGUCUGCAGUGGUUCUACAGCAUUCUGCAGCAUCUGCAGCAAGGAGACUAUAAGAUCCUGUAUGUCACCGCCCCAUUCAACCUGGCUAUACAAGCACUCCUGCCACUGGCCCACAGUAAAGAGCUGAACGUCUGCUUGGGAGCGUGCCAGUGUCUUCAGCUGGUGCUCAGCUGCGGGGAACCGGGCACAGACUUUCUGCUAGGGUGUCUUGAGAUGUGCAAAGUGAAGUUAUUGAGCACCAGUGAGAUAGUCAAGAAGGCCUACACAUCCCUGCUGGCCAUGCUACCUGCUGACAUCCUACUCAGGAGUGAGACCUCCCCUCUGACGCAAGCCAAGCGUCUUGGUGAGCGCAAGCAGGCAACAGUCACCUUCUCUGAGGAGGAUCCCCAGGGUCUGCAGGCCUUCCGUCUGGCCAGGCGAAGCCACAUCGGCAGGACUCCCAUGGGCACGUUUCAUUCCCAGGAUUUCAGGGUUGUCAUGGCCUUCAUACUGCUGGGAGAGACACCAAGCGAUCCUGAUUGGUUGGAGAAACUAUAUCACAGCUGCCAGAGGCCUGACAAGGGUAGUAGCAGCCACACGGAGAUCAGGCUGCCUGAAUUUAUUGAUGGUAACAUCGCCCUGCAGUGGUUCUGGGCUAGCUGGGAGGCAGCCCAAUACUGUGUCCUGGCCAAGCUGAGAACUCCCCUGGGUAAACCACAGGAAACCUUCAGAGCCAUCGAAGCUACCUUACUGGAAUUUGGUCGAGAGUUAAAAUCCCCAGCAGAAGGGAAUUCAAAAUCAGAUUGCAAAGUCUUGAGCCCCGCCUACCACCUGCACCAGCUCAGGCCAGUCCUGCUGCUGCAGUUCUUGGAGCACCUGGAGAAACUGAUGUACAACGCGUAUGAAGGAUGCGCCAUUGCCAUGCCCUCGACACCAAAGGCUGUGAGGACUUUUUUCCGCACCAACCGCGCCACCUGCCAGGACUGGCUACGCAACAUCCGCUGCCUGGCUGUAGCCGCUGCAGUCAACUGCGGCCAGCAUGCCGUCGCGCUCCGGCACGGACUGAUCAUGCUCAACGACCUGAUUGCCAAGAACAACACCACCGGUCAUUUGUUUGAGGAUGCUUCCCUGCGUGUGGUCACCUGCCUGAUCCAGCUCCGAAGCCCCCACGCCAUCACGGGGCUCUGUGGCUGGAUCCUGGAGCAAUCAGGCAGAUCUCUAGGGUGGAUGACGGCCUGCCUGCCCGCUGCCGAUGCUAGGUACGAGGCGUGCACCACUGAAACUCUCCUGGCCAUCAAGAAGUACCUCCAACUGGACAGCAUCCCUGGCUAUCCAAGCCUCCCCAAGUCGGCAUCCUCGGCCGAGCUAGGCCAAAGGGCAGCAAAGGUCAGCGAAGGUCAGCCGCCUCCGACAAAGGUCCUGACCCGGAACUCGGAGACGGUACAGCAAGCAGUGAUCCAGAGCCCUCGGGUGCUGGAGUUCCUUCUGAACCAGGUCACCAAGUCCUACGUGGCAGUGUCCAACUGGAGCUCAGCCUUAAAGUGGCAGGAGAGCCUGAUCGAACUGCGCUCCAUGGUGCCUGAGGCAUUGCAGAAGCAUGUGGUCCUUGGGUGUGACAUCAAUGUCAUCAAAGCACUCAGCCAUUUUGACGACAGGGACUUCCCCGCUGUCACGAACCACCUGGACCUCGUCCCCGGUCUGUCCCCGGACCCAAAGGCCUCCGAUGACUUCCUCAUGGCUCCGGAUAGCAUCCAGAGCCCGGAAGCCGUGCUACUGAGAGCCGGGCUGGAACUGGUCCGGGCCCUGACUUGCUAUCACACCACUGGAUGCGUCCGUGCGCCGGUCUCUGUAAUGAGCAAGGACAUGACUUGUCUGCACCCAGAACUGGCCGUGGUGUGCAAGAUGCUAGAGCACACCCACGAGAUCUCCCGGAGCAGCCUGGCUCUUGCCUGGCAGGACUGGCCCUCCCACCCACCUGCCAAGUUUGCCAUGCUCAUGCAGCAAGCUGGGGCCGUCAUGAACACCAUACAGGGAUACACGCAGGAUUGCCUGAUACCAGUCUCCGAGGUGCUGAGAUUUGAGCCGGCCCAGCAUGACAUCAGCACUGUGGGUCAAGUGUCAAAGGUCACGACCUACCAGCAUGACCUCUGCCUGGAAAACCCCAGCUGCGCUGGCAUGGUUGCUGAUCUCGCUGCCCACUUGACGAAAGUCCAGCUAGCCACGGCCCACCUUGCCCGCAAGCAAGGCAACCACAAGCACGCCCAGCACCACCUCCUGCAACACCUGGACCUACUCUCCCCAGCCAAGGAUGAUGAUGCCACGCAAACGUCCUCCUUAAACCUAGAGAUCCACAACAGCAGCAAGAAGUCGGCCCAGCCUCUCCUGACGGCGCUAGCCGCGCUGAACAGUGGUGGUGACACUGGAUCAUCAUCGUUAGAGAUGCUCCGCGUCGUCCGGGAGAGCUCCAAGCUCCUGCAGGCCAUGGGCUACCACUUGGAAGCCUGGGAGUGCCUGUCUCGCAGCAGCGUCCAACACUCCACGGGGAUGGUCAGCGCCGUGUCCGUCCAAGACCCGGCCGCGCAAGCCCUCAACGCCCGAUCCCUGCUCAGCCUGGUCAAGUGGUUCACCGCGGACUACCGCAACGCUGUUCCUCAUCUGAAGAUGGCCGUGGGGUCGGGCGGGAUGACUGCCGAGACUUUGUCCACGCUCGCCAAGAAUGUCUCGGUACUGCUGGAAACCGAACACGCGGGGGCUGGGGAAGGUCUCGGACUGGGAGCAGGAGACAAUACAGAUACAUCCAGACAGGAAGUUGUAGGCAGCAGUCCAGCCAUCAGUGAAACAGACGCCGUCUGCGGUCGUCUGCUGCACCUGGGCACCAUGCUAGCGCCCUCGCUCAGCAAGGCCUGGUCAGCUCUGGCCUCCUGGUGCUACCGCUGGGGACGUAAAGCUGUCGAUGUCGCCAGUUCUGAGGGCGGAGUCCAGUUGACUUCCGAGGAGAAGGCGGAGGUCUUGACCUCGUUGUCAGCGGAGAUCACCAACAGCGAGACGGAUAGCAUCCUGUCCAUCCUGAGCCAGGCUCACUGUAGCGCCACCAGCGUACAGGAAGAAGAUAUCCUGGAGCACAUGCAGUCUGCUUACCACGACGGUACCGAGACCACCCGACGGCAGCUCCUGAGCGCCUGCCCCUCCCUCCAUGCUGCUGACCCUAACGUGAUGAGCAAUCUUCUGGAGGUGUGGAAUGGUGUCUGUCGACGGAUCUUCAGCCACUACCGACUGGCGGCCAGGAGCUACUUCACAUUCCUCAAAAUUGCUGGAGAGCCGUCCAAGAAGUUAUUGGUCAGCCACCACAUCGACAGCACCGCCCUGGACAGCCUGAGAGACUUCGGGGAGACUGAAGCCGACUCGGCCGAGGCCCAAGCCACCCACGAGGACGGUAACAUCACCGCCACCCUGCGUCUGCUGAGGCUGCUGGUCAAGUAUGCUGGGGAGCUGAGGGACGUGCUGGAGGACGGGCUGGCCCACACGCCCACCGGGCCCUGGAAGAGUAUUAUUCCACAAUUGUUCUCCCGUCUGAGCCAUCCCGAGGCCUACGUUCGUCAGUCCAUUUCGGAUCUCCUGUGCCGUGUCGCCCAGGACUCUCCGCAUCUGAUUGUCUACCAGGCCAUAGUGGGCUGCCCCUCCACCACCGCCGAAGACAAGAAGAGUAAAGAUGUUGUUCAACAAGGAGUAAUCUCCAAGCUCCUCAAGAGCCCCAACAAGGAUGUCACCGCGGAAGAUGAAGAUUCCCAAGAGGAUGCUAACCUAAAGGAUGCAGACCAAGACUCCACCCAGGAGGACAACCCAGAGGAUGAGGAGCAUAACCGCUCCCUGAGCCUCCUGGAGGACUGCCUGACGGCCAUCGUGGCCACGCUGAGCAAGCACAGCCCUGAGCUGGUGGGCCAGGUGGAGGUGCUGGUGCAGGAGCUGCGGCGGAUUACUGUGCUGUGGGAGGAGCUGUGGCUGGGCACGCUGAAUCAACUACACGUGGAUGUCACUAGGCGGCUGCACCAGUUGGAAGAGGAAGUGAAGAGAGUCCAGCGGAAUGACGGACUGUCGGCGGCUGAGAAGAAACUCAUCAUAGCUGAGAAGCACAACGCCAUCAUGAAACCGGUUGUCUACUCUCUGGAUCAGGUGCACUCUAUCACCAGCCAAGCAGCAGAGACGCCCAAUGAGAGAGCCUUCCAGGAAGCCUACCAGGAAACCAUUGAGAAGGCCCUCAACUCACUCAAGAAUCCAGAGACACCCAACAAACCCCAGUCCAGCUGGACACUUUUUAAACAGCUUCAUUCAGCGCUGCAGCAGAGAGCUACCAGGAAAGCCACCUUCAUGCUACAGAUGAGGGACAUCAGCCCCAAGCUGUCUGCAAUGGAGAACACCACCAUCCCACUCCCGGGGCUGGUCUGCCAUCACAGCCAGGUUGUAACAAUCUCCUCCUUCGACAACUCCGUCAACAUCCUGCCGACCAAGACAAAACCCAAGAAGCUCGUCUUCCAUGGAGCUGACGGCAAGAGGUACACCUAUCUCUUCAAGGGCCUGGAGGACUUGCACCUUGAUGAGAGGAUCAUGCAGUUCUUGUCCAUUGUCAACACCAUGUUUGCUCGCAACAAGAGGCAAGAGGCAUCCCUAUACCACGCCUGUCACUAUUCCGUGACACCCCUUGGCCCGCGCUCGGGUCUGAUCCAGUGGGUUGAUGGAGCCACUGCGCUGUUUGGACUCUACAAACGCUGGCAGCAACGUGAAGCUAUCGCUGCUGCAGCAGCUAAGAGUGGCAACUCCUCCACUGGCCAGCCUCAAGUACCAAGACCCAGCGAGGUUUACUACAAGAAGAUGAAACCAGCCCUUGAGGAAAUGGGUCUAUCGGAUCAGACCGCUCGCAAAGACUGGCCAAUCAGCAUCAUGUAUAGUGUCAUGCAGGAACUCAUCAAAGACACGCCCAGUGAUCUCCUGGCAAAGGAGCUGUGGUGUUCAAGCGGCAGUUCCUCUGAGUGGUGGCACAUCACCCAGGCUUACUCCCGCUCCACCGCCGUCAUGUCGGUCAUCGGUUACAUCAUCGGCCUCGGCGACCGUCACCUUGACAACGUCCUGGUGAACUUCCUCACUGGCGAUGUGGUGCACAUCGACUACAACGUGUGCUUUGAGAAAGGCAAGAACCUUCGUGUGCCAGAGAGAGUACCGUUCAGGAUGACACAGAACAUACAGUCGGCUCUCGGCGUGACCGGGGUGGAGGGAACUUUCCGGCAAUCAGCUGAGGAGGUUUUGAAGAUAAUGCGCAAGGGACGGGAGACCCUCCUGACGCUCCUAGAGGCUUUCGUCUACGACCCUCUAGUGGACUGGACCACGGCCAACGAGGGCGGCUUUGCCAGCGCAGUCUACGGCGGGGGUCAGAUGAACCCCGUGGUGGCCGACGGCGGCCAGAGCAAGCGGGAGAUGGAGCGCGACAUCACGCGGAGCUUGUUCUCCUCCCGCGUGGCCGAGAUGAAAGGACCCUGGUUCAAGAACAGGGAUGACAUGCUAGACGCCCUGUCCAAUCUGGAGGACCAGUUGACCACCUACCUGGACGCCGUGCAAGAGAGCAAACUGUUGGAGGGCAGUACCGAUCAGUACACCCAGCACACCCGAGUCCUGCAGGCUGCACUGAAUGAUAAGAACCACACACUGCAUACACUGCACACGAGGUAUGGGGAGUGCCACCAGGGGGACACCACCCGGACCGCCAGCCAGCAGGCUAUACAGGACAAGCUAAGGGAGCUAGAUCAUUGGCACAUCCAACACAAGCUGGCCCUGGAGACCGCUAGAGGGAACCACCUGACGGCCAUCAGCCAGGAGACCGACAAAGAUCUGGAACUUGGCCCAGCCCCCUAUGCACCUUGUGUGAAGUUCCUGACCACAGCUGGACAGACGCAGAUUAUUGGACAGUGUGAGCACCUCGAGACUGAACUGACAGGCCUGCUGCAGCAGCGACGCAUCAUGCUGCGUGGGUGUGUGGAGGUCCUGCAGACAUACUGCAACAUGGCUAGACAGUUCCCAGCCAACUUUGCCGAGAUGAAUCGGGCCUACGUGUGGCAGACUUGGCUUCAGGAGCUGGUGUGUGAUCUCACAUCGACCAAGUGCAAAGCCCUCCAAGCCCGCUUCAAGGCCAAGUACAGCUCCCCAACGCCAGCCCGCUUCCAGCAAGUCCUGGCCACGGAGCAAGCCCUGAACGGCCUGAUGACUGAAGCCAACACUAAACUAGUCAAGACCAUGGAGGCCAUGCCGCAGACCGACCUGGCGCAGGCUGAGGGGGCUCUGCAGCAGACGCACUCACAGAUACACAGCUUCGUGACGGAGAACGGGGAUGCAGGCAUGCUGACGUUAGCUGCAGUCCUGAUGAAUGCUCUGUGCUCCUUCAGUCAGAGGUCCCGCAUCAUGGAAGGAGCUGUUGCAGGUGCAGGGGACCUGUUGGUGGACUUUGCUUCCCGUAACGGCAACUGGUUCCUGGAGGAGCUGUGCAGCAUGAUAGCCAACCUGGACAUCAUUGUGGACCUAGUCAGCGGCUGCCAGUGGCCUCAGGGAUUUGACGCCGGCCCUAUCCUGGCCUCCCUCGAGUGCUUCAAGCUGAUCCGCUUGGUCUACGAGGCCCUACAGGACAUGCACGGCCAGUUCCGCAAGACCGUCCUGCCCCAAACUCUGGCCGCUUUGCAGUCCGGCGACGCCUCGGUGGACGGGGUGAUCACCGAGCUCAACAGGAUGUGUGACGGGCCGUCGCUGCUGCCCAGGGUGCUGCAACAGAUUGAGCAGGACCUGACCAGCGUGACUCUGGGAAUGAAGGGCGAUCUGAUCUCUACCAGUGUCGUGGAAGUCAUGCGCACCAAAUUCAACUCCCUCCUGCAAGUCAGCAGCGCGUCUGACCCUCCCAGCACGGCCCAGCUUCCCCCCACCCAGGGGCAGAUCCUCCUGGCCCUGCUCAGCGCCCCCUUCGCCAAGGUGGAGGCAAGCAUCGGGGAGUUUGUCAGCAAGAUGGAGCAGUUAUCGGUCCCGGCCCAGUGGCGGAAGGUGGACGUUAUACAGGAGGCUAAAAGCAUGCAGUCCACCGUGCUAAACAACAACACCCAUCAGCUACUGAGGGACUGGGCAUUCAUCAAACAACUGGAAGCACUGCAGGAAUUCAUCACGCUCUGCCAGCAAUACGCAAAGGUCACCAACGGUUGUCUAGAGAAUGUCUCGGAGUUACAGGCAGCCCUGGUGUCAGAGGCUCAGUUCAUCAAACCCAUCAAGAAGUUCAUGGCCGGUUUGAUCAGGAAGCAGACCAUCGGCAUCCUAUCCAAGACCAUCGGCAUCUGUACCUGCACUCUAGCCCACCAGCUGGGCCUGGACACCCUCGCGGAGAUCAACGUGCUAGACGUCGGAGCCAACUCCAAGGCCUCCUUGGAGGACAUGUGCAAGAAAGCCCUAGACCUAGCCGUAACGAGCGGCUUGGUCCAGUCUCACCUGUACCGCGUGGUCAACAACUACACCAAGACGUAUGACGCGGGAUGGAGAGCCCUAGCCCAAGCUCAGCAGCAAGUCAAUGCAGUGACGGCAAGCCAGGAGAGUACCCAGCAUGCCCAGCUGCAGCUGGUGCGCUUCCAGUGGCUGCAUGAGGAUAUCUUACAAGAAGCCGGGGUGCAACGCCAGAACGUGCCAUUCCUUCCCCCAUCAAGGUCAAGCGUCAUGUCCGACCUGCGUAAGCGGACUCAGCACCUGCUGUCCCUAGAGGGGGCUAUUACAGCCCUCCAGGAGCGCGCCACCGCUCAGCAGAACAGCGUCGGCCAGCGUUUGAAGUGGGCGGCGGGUGCCAACCCUACCGGCCUCCACAAUGUCUUGCAUGAGUUUGAGAAGGCUGUGAGAGACAGAGCUGCCGGCUAUGCUAUGGAAAACAAGCGAUCGGCAGAGGUGUCGGCCCUGAGUAAUGCCAUCCUACACUUUGAAGCACUGCGCACCAGGACCAGCGAAGCUAUCAAUGCGGAGUCUAGCUUCCUAGCUCUACUCACAAGGUGCCAGGAGAGCUGCAAGAAGGUCGAGCAGUGCACGGCCUCCAUCACGGACAUGGAGCAGGACCUGAUUGACCUCCAGCCCCCGGCGCCAGACCAGCCCAUCGGACGCAAGUGGAUCCGCAGUCUGAUGGAUCUACUGGUGCAGCGGAAUGAGGAGAAGGAGAGCGCGAUGGAUGAACAGGAAGUCAUGGUGCGCAGUGGCAGGGACGCCCUGCAUGGCCAGAUCAACGUGGUCAAGAACACUCUUGCCACCCACUACAAGCUGAUGUCGGAGGUCAAGACCCAUCUCAAGACGCUGGCCAGAGGAGAGGAGGACGAAGCAGAGGACGGCAUCAUCAUCAGUGGCGAGGGGGGAGUGGUCAAGACGUUCAUGAUGGAGUACAAGAGCUACUCGGAGGAGUUCACCUCCAUGCUCAAGACUCUGCUAGUUGGUUCCUCGGAAGAUGACAACGACAGUAUCUUGAAGCUGUCGGAGGUCAUUCCCAAGAUGGCUGCCCUGGCAGACCAAACCAAACGGUUGUGCAAUCAACUGGUCGGUUUAGCUGCUCCACUGGUACCCAAGCCUGUGCCACCGGACAACAGCCAAGCAGCCAGCGAAGACGUUGAGGAUGACCUUCAGCAGAUGAAGGGCAGCAAGGCUGGUUCCCCCGUCAGGGUGUCUGGUCUGCUGGGCAGGGCAGCCGAGGGGACUCCAGCGACACCUCCGACAUCAACAAAGGCUGCCUUCGCCGCUCAGCAACCGAAAGGCUCCCCGGCCGUCAUGCGCGAUCCCCGCACCGGUAAGGUCAUCCAGGUGCGCAACACCCACGCCAUCAACGUCUGGCGUCGCGUCAAGGGCAAGCUGGACGGUCGAGACCCUGAACCCUCCAAGAGACUCAGCAUACCAGAACAGGUUGACUUUGUGAUCAAAGAGGCGACCAGCCUGGACAACCUGGCGACUCUCUACGAGGGCUGGACGGCCUGGGUCUGAACGCAGAACAACGCAGGAACCAGACGCAGGGAAUGAAAAAAAAACAAGUAUAACUGGAGACAGUAGAGUCUUCCCAGAGCAAAGAAACCAGGUGUUCCGGACUGGUCCAAACUAGUUCCAACCGGUUCCAGCUGGUUCAAGCCUCAUUAUCUCAAGCAAGCAAGACCACACCUGGCUAGCUUGUAACCGCACAGGCCGGUGUUAAGUGUUCAACACCUAGACCUUGAGAUA